AUGGAGUAUUUCGAGAGCAACCCAUCAUCGUUGAGACCGAGUCAUGUAUAUAUCAGCUUUCGAGGCGAUGAAAGCAAUCGUAAAUUCAUCCAUAGCCUUUCGACUGCUCUUAAAGCAGAAGGCUUCAGAAUCUUCGGAGACGAUAAGAAGCAUGAAAAGUCAGACUCCAAUCUUCCACCUCACCUUCGUCAAGCAAUUGGUGAGUCGUGGAUUUGGAUUGUUGUCUUCUCCAAAAACUAUGCUUCUUCAUCUUGGUGUUUCAAGGAACUAGCUCGGUUUGCGCAGCUUACCUUAGUAAAAUAUCGCUAUGUAGAUCCAUUGAUUGUUGAACGCGAACAAAGAUUCGAAGCAGAAAUAGACCAGGUGAACGGACGAAGGAGAGAUCUGAAAAAAGGGUUCGGUCCCCGGAAUGUACUGCAUAGGAUUAUAGCAGUGUUCUAUGAUGUAGAUCCAAAAUCCUUCGCUCACCAUAUUCAACAAGCAUGCGCACAAUUCGAGGCACACUACUUGAUGGAGGCUAUCGAAAAAGUGGUGGCCACUCCCUCUGCCUGGGACUUACGGAAUGACUAUGUAAUCUUACUCUUCAUCUUUGUUUUUUUUCCUAGACAUAUGGGUCUCAAAAAGCUAUGGGUUUUGGUUAAUUAUUCAGGGUCACGAGUCAUUCAAAAAAUUGUUAAACAAGUCAAGUCAGAAAUAGAUAAACUAUUUUAUGGCAUAUUCAGAUUUGUUGGGAUACAAUCGCAAGUGGAAGAAGUGGAAAAGCUUUUGGAUUUGAGUUCAGAUGAUGUGGUUGGAGUUGUCGGCAUUUGUGGCAUGGGAGGACUGGGCAAGUUUUCUAUUGCUAUGGUGUUAUAUCUUAAGAUAUUUCACCAUUUUGAUGCCUUUUGUUUUCUUCCCUCUGUAAGUCGACGUUUAAAGCAAGGUGACAUAACUCUACAAGAACUUCUUCAGAGACAUUUAGGGACAGAAAAUUCAGAGGUGAGGGAUUGUCUAGACAAAGAGUUCUUGGCUUGCAAAAGAUUAAGAAACCACAAGUUUCUUAUAGUUCUUGAUGGUAUCGAGCUUGUACAAGAUCUCCAAGAGCUGAACUUGGUUGAAAAAUCCAAUUGCUUUGGCGGGGGGAGUAGGAUCAUUAUAACUACUAGAGAUAAACAAGUCCUUCAAAACUAUGACGUUUAA